CGCAAACAAAGCGUCAUCGAAUAAUAUAACUUUCUGCAAUUGUAAGUUUGGAGGAGGAACGAAACGAGGUGAAGACGCUCGAGAAGAGGGUGGCGUUUCUGCGAGAGGAACUCGAUAACGAGAAGUCGAAGCUGGCAGAGAUGAUUAAAGCGGCGGAACAAGUCGGUGUACUAACGUUCGCUAGCUAGCUCGCAUUAAAAAUGAAGUUUCGUUGGUAUUUCAGAGGAAGAACUUAUCGAAGGUCGCGGAUAUUGGAACAUCAACGAUGAACGUCCUCUCUAGACACGAUCGAGGAGUGCAAGUUUGGGCAGUGUGCUUGGGGUGUCAGAGGAAGUUGGAGAGUUGCGAGAAACAGCCAGCCACAGUCAUCAUUACCAAGUCGGAACUGGAGGUGCUGGAGAAGGACAUGCAGACACUUCGAGAUACCAUAAUUGCUAGAGAGGAGGCGUGGGACAGGGCGAUGGAACGCGAACAGAAUUAUAGACACCAGUUAACUCGAUUGACCACGGAGACCAUCACGGCUCGGCAUCUUUCGGAAACGCGUCAAGAGGAGCUCCAAGCUAUAACGAAAACACUUUCGGAGAAAGAAUCGGAAUUGAAGUCGCUUCAAAAGGACAACCUGUACAUGAACAAGCUAAUAGCAAAGCUGUACAACGGUCAUCAAAGGUAAAGGAAUCGAUCCUCUUCCUAUAAUUAAAUCCUUUCAACGCAACAGCGCGAAACGAGAAUAAAAAAAGGAAAGAAUGACUCUUCUAUGUCAAACAACAAUAUAAAGUAAUCUCCGCG